UCCCUCCUUCCUCACUCACUCCUCACACGCAGCGAGAGAGCGAGAGGCAUACCAGAGCGAAGAAGAGCAGCAAAUUCCAAACAAUCAUAAAUCCCGUAAAAAUGCCUUGCUCAACAGCUUCCUCUUCGCCGUGUUGUACUCUGAUAUCCAAAUGCACUGUGUUUCCGGACAAAAAGUCUACACACGGAGACCUCAAGCUCUCCGUCUCAGACCUCCCCAUGCUCUCUGUCCACUAUAUUCAAAAGGGCGGCCUCUUCGCUCGCCCUCCCAUUCCCAUCGAAUCCCUCGUCACUCUCCUCAAGAGCGGCCUCUCUCAAACACUUUCCCACUUCCCGCCUCUCGCCGGCCGAUUUAGGACUGACUGCGAUGGCUACGUGUACAUCACGUGCAACGACGACGGAGUGGAUUUUAUCCACGCCACUGCCACCAAUUUGUUCAUUCGCGACAUUUUGGCUCCAACCCAUGUGCCUGACUUUGUCAAGGAUUUCUUUGCGUUCGACCGAACCGUGAGCUACAACGGACAUUUCAAGCCCAUCUUGGCUGUGCAGGUCACAGAGCUCGCCGACGGCAUUUUCAUCGGCUGCGCUGUGAACCACGCGGUUACCGACGGCACGUCGUUUUGGAACUUCUUCAACACCUUCGCUGAGGUAUCUCGCGGGGUGAAGCGGAUCUCGAAGCAACCGGACUUUACCAGGAGCUCUCCGUUGAUUUCUCCGGCGGUGCUGCUAUUACCGGAGGGAGGUCCCACAGUCACCUUCUCCGUCAACGAGCCGUUGAGUGAAAGAAUCUUUAGCUUCAGCAGAGAAACGAUUCUAAAGCUGAAAGACAGGACGAACAACCGCAAAUGGAGCGAUAACGGUCACGUUGACGCCGUCGAGUUGAUGGGAAAGCAGAGCAACGACGCUUACCUGAAUAACAACACGAACGGAAAAGUAACGGCCAUUCUUGAAAACUGGUUCAAGAAUGCCGUUUCGAAACCGGUAAACGAGGAAAUGGAGUCGAACAAAAACAAAACCGUGGAAAUCUCAUCGUUUCAGUCCCUAUCCGCGCUUCUCUGGCGAUCGGUGACACGCGCGAGGAAAUUGCCGUCUACCAAAAUGACGACGUUCAGAAUGGCGGUGAAUUGUCGCCACAGGCUGGAGCCCAAGCUGGAUCCGUAUUACUUCGGGAACGCGAUUCAAAGCAUUCCAACUCUUGCGUCAGCUGGUGACGUGUCGUCUCGUGAUAUGCGCUGGUGCGCUGAGCAGCUCAAUAAAAAUGUUAAGGCCCAUGACAACGCUACGGUGCGCCGCUUCGUAGAGAAUUGGGAGAGCGAUCCAAAGUGUUUCCCGCUGGGGAACUUCGACGGUGCAUCGAUGACCAUGGGUAGCUCUCCGAGAUUUCCGAUGUACGACAAUGAUUUCGGGUGGGGCCGACCCUUGGCGGUCCGGAGCGGUAGAGCCAACAAAUUUGAUGGCAAGAUAUCGGCCUUCCCGGGGAGAGAAGGUGGCGGAAGCGUAGAUCUUGAGGUGGUUUUGGCGGCCGAGACCAUGGCGGGCCUUGAGGCCGAUUCCGAGUUCAUGCAAUACGUGUCCAAUUAAUUACAAGCAAAAGCGUGGCAUGCUUAAGUUGCUUGACAUUGAAAUGUUAUGUGUGACGUGUCUAAUUGUAAGGGAAAAGAGGCAUGAUGGGGUGCGUGCGAUCAAAUGCGUCAAAGCCAACUGGUUGAUCGGAUUAGGCUUGGGAGGUUUUUGUUUAUUGAUUUGUGACAUAAAUUAAGCUUCUGAUUAAUAUC